CGUCUGUGAAGAAGACAACACCCUUUGCGUCACAACAAAAGUCACCAUUUAUCUCUGUGUUCUAUCUUGCUCUAACAACGGCUCUAUCGAACUGUCUCUCGCUGUUUCUUCAAUACACACGAACCGAGCGCCGCCACAAAAGGCCGCCGCAACACUCCCGCCUUCUGGGCUUUGCUCCGCAACCACAUUACCUGUGAUCAACGAACAUCACUUCACACUCGUCCGGCAAGAUGAUGAGCACCAAGAGACUCCAAAAGGAGCUUCUCAAGAUCCAAGGACAACUGGCUCCCGGAAUCACUCUCGUAGCUGCAGACAACCUCAAGACAUGGCUCAUGGACAUUCAAGUCAUGGAUGCCAACCCUAUCUACCAAGGCGAAAUCUACCGCUUGAAAUUCGAGUUCAGCUCAAACUACCCGAUAGAGCCUCCCGAAGUUGUCUUUAUCCGUCACCCUGAACGUCCUAUUCCCAUGCAUCCUCACAUCUACACGAACGGCAUCAUCUGUCUGGACCUUCUCGCUUCUCAAGGCUGGUCACCAGUGCAGAAUGUGGAGAGUGUCUGCUUGAGCAUUCAAAGCAUGUUGACUGGCAACUCAAAGAACGAGCGUCCUCCCGGCGACGCUGAGUUUGUGAGAAGCAACCGUCUCCGCCCUCGCGACGUCGCCUUCCACUUCCAUGACAAUGAAGUUUGAUGUUUAUCUCGCAUUUCAGCUCUGUUUGAUGGCGCUUGAGAGGUUUAUCAUGUUUUCUUUUGUCACUAUUGCAUGGUUUGGCGUAAACAAGGCUACGGGUUUUUACGCGCCGGAAAGUCUUGUGGAUGGCUUCAGGUUGCAAUCGCAAUCACUAUAAAAUGAAACUCUUUCGCGUCUUACUUUAUUGCUACACUAGAGCUGUAACAGCUAAAGUUCUCUUAUAGUUGUCUUAUAUAGCGUAACUUGAGAU